UAUGAUUUUUGGGAGUUUGGGAGAAUCUAGCAUUUGUGUCCUUUUGAACUUCCACAUGCAGGUUUGGACAUCAAGACUGUAUAUUCUGUACGCAAUGAAUUCUCCAUUCGCUUGAAGGUUUUCUUUUUUUGGUAAUAUAUACACGCGCACACACUUAGUUGCCCAAAGAAUCCGCUUAACUUUGUUGUUUAGGACAAACGGAAGGCCAGUGGCUCUAACUAAGAUUUGUUAGUUGUGGGCAAUCAUGGAAAUUGCAAGCUCCAGUCCGUCUGUCCAAUUGGAAAGGAAGAUAUCCUGAAACGUUAGAAUGAGGGGAUAAAAAGAAGAUUAGGUGCGUGCUUUUUUGGCGUGAGUGGGAAGCAUAUUCUGUACGCACAAAUAAUUCUUGCAAAAUUAGUGUGUUUUAACACAGACGUGGUGGUGGGCAGGGCAGGGGAGGGUCGAGCCGUCGAGGUGGUGGUCAAUUUAAGAAAGGGUGGCGUUGGUCCCUGUGGUGGUGGUGCGUGAUCCAUUUAUGACUGUUUUCCAUUGCUCGGGAGGAAUUGAUGCUCUCUUUCUCUCUCUCUCUCUACGCACGAAAACGAAAACAAAAAGAAAAGGAAAGGGAAAGAAUUAAAAGGUUAGGUUUGGUUCUGAUCGGUUUGGUGGAUCAAGGAAGGAAGAGGAAGAAGCUUCUGUUUCUAAAACACGCAAGCAGGCAUUUUUUAAUAUUUUGUUUUAAGCAUGGCCCAGGCACUCCUCUAUUGUUACUCGCAACUAGUGGCUUCGCUAAACAAUCGUUUAACCAUUAAGCCUUUGAAUUUUCACUAUACAACUCUUUCUUCUCUUCUCCUCCCCCCCUAAAAAAAAUAAAAAUAAACAAGUAACAAGAACAAAAACCAACAACAUAGAAAGAUCAAGCUGAGAUUUUUUUUUACAAAAAAAAAUUCCUCAGUUUUGUUCUUGUUCUUGUUUUGUCAGUUUUCUUUCUCUCUUCCAACGAUAAAAACAAACAAAGUAGACGAGGUUGUCCGCCACAUCUCGGACCGGCGUCCAAAAUUGCUCAGAUUACCUUUCAACCCAAGAUGGCAGAGACAGCGGUGGAGUCGCGAAAAGACAGUGGAAAGUUGGAGCACAAUGUUAGGGAAGAUAGCGAAUAUGUUAGGCUUGUUAUAUCUGACGAACCAAGAGUUGGUGACUUCGACAUUUCACAAGUUCAAUCCAGAGCGAGGAUUAAAGCUUUCAUACGGUGGAUCAAAGCUUUAAUUUGGUGCCUUGUUAUUGCCACACUAGUUCUUGUUUUCUUGAAAUGGGGCGUUUCAUUUCUUUUUGACAAGGUUCUCUUGCCAAUGAUGGAAUGGGAAGCAACUGCCUUUGGCCGUCCGGUCCUCUCCCUUGUGCUUACUGCUUCUCUUGCCUUGUUCCCAGUGUUCCUAAUUCCUUCCGGUCCUUCUAUGUGGUUGGCUGGGAUGAUCUUUGGAUAUGGUAUUGGUUUCGUGAUAAUCAUGGUUGGAACCACUAUUGGGAUGGUCCUGCCCUAUUUGAUCGGGCUAGUUUUCCGUGAUCGCAUCCAUCAAUGGUUGAAGAGAUGGCCCCAGAAAGCUUCUAUGAUUAGACUUGCUGGGGAGGGAAGCUGGUUCCAUCAAUUUAAAGUGGUUGCCAUCUUUAGGGUUUCACCAUUUCCCUACACAAUUUUCAACUAUGCAAUAGUGGUAACAAGUAUGAGAUUUUGGCCCUACUUAUGGGGUUCAGUUUCCGGAAUGGUACCAGAAGCUUUUAUCUACAUAUACAGUGGUAGGUUAAUAAGGACAUUUGCUGAUGUGAAGUAUGGGAACUAUCACUUGACUACUGUGGAAAUAAUAUACAACAUCAUCUCCUUCAUCAUUGCAAUUGUUACUACUGUUGCCUUUACUAUUUAUGCGAAACGAGCUCUGAAGGAGCUUGAAAGGGCAGAGGCUACUGAAGAAGUUCCGCCCUCCCACCAAGAAAGUCAUGAGAUGGGAAAGCUUCCACUUGAAAGACCUAAGCGUGCAGAUGCAGGCGCUUGGGUUGCAGAAGAAAGCUUGCCCCGCACUGUGAGCCGAUUCUGUGGCUAUAUGCUCCGUGAUGGUCGUUUGGGCCCCUCGCGGUCCAUCCUGAGCUUCCCGACCAAAUGCUAACUGCACUUCCUCAACAAACAUGCCUGUCCAUCUUGAACCUGGUGCCCAUCUCCACUCACUCAGAUACCAUCAGCAAAAGGGAAGAAGAUGAGUUUCUGAAACAUUUCAAUCAUUAAAGAGCUCAACGUGAAACUUGGUGUGUACGUUCACCAACCUGGGAUACUACAGCAUACAAAGGCAAGGUGGGGUAACUGCAUAGAACUUGAAAAAUCAAACUGCAUCCACCAAAUAAAGCAAUGAGAAUGUUCGUUUUCUUGGAUAAUUAGGGAAGAAACAGAAAAAAUAAAAUCAUAGAAAAUUCUCAAAUAUGUAGUAAUCUCCCUUUUGGAAUUACUACAUAAUAAGCCUGGCACAGUGUAGCCCGCUCUUUCCAUGAUGUAAUGAUCUAGACGCAACUUUACGACUCCUAUUGCGACCUCAGACUUCAUGAGAAAUUUGUUUUCAGAAAAUAACAUCUAAAAAACAUUAUUCUUUGGGACACAUUUUAGAUAAUCUAAAAAUAGUAACAUGCUUGAUUUACAAAAGAGCAUAUUUUAGUGUUGUACUGCAACACCCUCAAUUAUGUCUCACAAGCAGUGAUACAGUUGUUUCAAAGUAAUCCACUGCAAUCCUGCGCACUGUAUCUAUAUUUUCUGGAAAUAUUUAUAAGUGCAAACUUGUUGUACAGGAGAGAUUGGGGAGAAAA